AUGGCGGCCCCCAUGUCGUGGAGAAGGCUGGUGUACUCGGUGUACACGCCGGCCCUGACCGGUGUUUUCACCCGAAUAUCAGACAGAUUCUUUCGGACGCGGGAUCGGAGAAGAGGGUCCUCUGUGCUGCUCCUGGCCCCCCUCCUGGCCGAGUCGGACCCCGUCCCGCUGGCCUCGUCCCGGCCGCCCAGUUCCAGCGGCGCAGAGGGCAUCCAAUCGCGGUUCCACUGGAUGGCGGACCACGUGCCGGCCUUCCGAGUCCCGGGGGGCUGCGUCCGAGUCCUUCGCUCCCCCGACGAGUUCUACCAGCUCAUGAAGGCACGAAUUAGGACAGCUGAGAGCCGGGUGGUGAUGGCGUCACUGUAUCUCGGCACAGGACCCCUGGAGCAGGACCUGGUGGACUGCAUGCAGGAAGCCCUGGAGAGGUCACAGAGAGAGGGCGUCGGCUCUGACCUCAAGAUCUCCAUCCUGCUGGACUACACCAGGGGAUCUCGAGGUAAGCAGAACUCUCGCUCCAUGCUGCUGCCGUUGCUGCAGCGCUUUCCGGAGCAGAUGCGUGUUUCGCUGUACCACACGCCCGACCUGCGGGGGGUGCUGCGUCUGCUCGUACCCGAGCGCUUCAACGAGACCAUCGGCGUGCAGCACAUCAAGGUGUACCUGUUCGACGACAGCCUCAUCAUCAGCGGAGCGAACCUGAGCGACUCGUACUUCACGAACCGGCAGGACCGCUAUGUGCUGCUGGAGGACUGCGGCGAGGUCGCCGAUUUCUUCGCCGAGCUGGUGGGCGCCGUGGGAGACGUGUCUCUGCAGCUCGCCCCCGACGACAGCGUGCGCAUGCUGGAGGGCAUGGUGCACCCCUACAAAGGUGACCGGGCGGAGUUUUCGGCGUCGGCGCGGCGGCGGAUCAUGUCGGUGGUGAACACGGCGAGGAUGCGGCAGCACCUGCAGGAGGCGGGGUCAGAGGGGGAGGGGGCGGAUCCGGCGAGGGCGGAGCCGGCCGGCGGCCGCAGCGACACCUGGGUCUUCCCGCUGGUGCAGAUGAAGCCGCUGGGGAUCCACCUGGACGAGCAGGUGACGGAGCGGCUGCUGACGGAGGCCGGGGGCGACGCCCGGGUCUACCUGACCUCCGGCUACUUCAACCUGACGCAGGCCUACAUGCGGCUGGUGUUGGGCGCGGCGGCGGAUUACCAGAUCCUCAUGGCCUCGCCCGAGGUGAACGGCUUCUUCGGGGCGAAGGGCGUGGCGGGCGCCAUCCCGGCCGCCUACGUGCACAUCGCCCGGCAGUUCCACAGCAAGGUGUGCCAGCUGGGCCAGCAGCACCGCGUGCAGCUGCACGAGUACCACCGACCCCACUGGACCUUCCACGCCAAGGGGCUGUGGUACUACCUGCGGGGCUGUGAUCGGCCCUGUCUAACCCUCAUCGGAUCACCCAACUUCGGCUAUCGCUCCGUUCAUCGCGACCUGGAGGCCCAGAUUGCCAUAGUGACAGAGAACCAGGAGCUCCAGACUCAGCUACAAGAGGAGCAGGAGAUGCUGUAUAAAAGGUCCUCAGAGGUUUCGAGCGCCACCUUCCUCCAGCCCGACCGCUACGUCAAGCUCUGGGUCAAGCUGGUCACUCCGCUCAUCAAGAACUUCUUCUGAGCCUCCGCCGGCCCAAGGGAACCGAGCCAACGGAACCAGGCUGAAGGUCCAAGCGGAGGAGGGUCCAGAAGAGGGCGGGGUCGGUGCCCGGCGGGCGGAGGACGACGGAGCACCCCACUCUCUCGCCGUUAGUGACCGUCUCUGGGUCGUGUCGCUGCACUUCCACUUCCUGUUACAGUGUGCGGUUUACGUCAGCGCGCUCUCUCUUCGUGAGUGUGUCAGGUCUGCAUGUUUCACCCUCCGCCUGUCCUGUGUUCCCCCCCCGCCCCUGCCGCUCUGUGGCCGAGUAAAGCUGGCUGAGUUCAGGCUGAUGAAGGCAGGAACGCCCCCUGGUUGUGUUCGCUGGGGUCCUGGGACCAGCUCUCCCACUGCGGGCCGCUGUGCAGAGUCUCUCCCCUGCACCCCAGCCUCACGCCUUAAACAGCGGGGCGACUGUCACUGAGGCAGCGGCCUUCCCCCGCAGCCUCAGAUCCCAGCCGAGGAUUACAAGCUGGCAAAGACAGGGAAAGCUCACCAGACUGUGUCAUACCCAUGAGCUCACGGGAGGAAGGCACCAUCUCGCAAGGACGGGUGGGUGGAUCGUACCAUUACUGUGCUGCAAAGUGUCAUGUUUUACAGAUGAGGUUCCAGAAGAAGACUCCAGAGUUCCACUCCCUCCUUUUCUCCUUCCCAGCCCCUCUAAUCGUGUACAGUGUUUUUAUUGUACAGCGUAACGUUUGUAAAAUAACAUAAAAGUUUUCAAAUA